AUGACUCACAUCGAUGACGAAUGGGAGUAUGAGUACGAUGAGACCGAAACGGAGGACUUUUACAUUCCCUUGGAUCUUUCCAAUGUUCCAGCAGCUCAAAUCCCUAUGGUGUCGCAAAGUAGGCCGGGCCAUCCAACUUUGCUUAAAAGCCGACUGCGCGCGCUGAACGCAGCUCGAGGUCAGCCGGCCGAGGUCGCAGCCGGUGCAAACGCCAGACAAGAAACGGCCAACAUGGGCGAAGUGCAAGUGAUUGGGCUGCAUACGCCGAAUCCGUUGGUCAUGUAUAACGGUCAGUUGUUGAGUUGCCACUGGACUUCGACUAUCGGAACCGACAUGUUCUUCGUGAAACCGGAUGCGGACGCGGACACAACGCAGCCAUUACGAUCUUUGCCAUCGGUCGACUUGCUAUCUCUGGGGUCUGCAAAAUUGGUUGCAAAAGUUGGACGACUGCGGCCGCGCGAUGAUGUCAACCACGCUGAUGAUGCGCAACAGCCGACUGAAUCUGUGCAAAGUACGGGUGAUGGUUCAAGUCGGGCCGCUGCGGCUUCAGGUGAAGGUGAAGGACGACAAUCCGGUGGCGAGGCCAAGCCAACGUCGACAAACUUUCUAGCAAGAUUAAACGAGGCAAAAUUGAAGAGAGGGGAGAAGUCGCAAUUGGCAAUCUCCAAAACAUCCGACGGGUCUCGUCUAGUUGCGGAGAAAGCAAAUGUUGUAGCUGGAGCCUCAUCGCAGGAAAACGACGAUACGGUUAUGGGAGGCGUAUGA